GAUCUCACAGGGGAGAGCUGGAAGGGAAGGUGGAGGGGCACAGCCUCGGCGGCCCCCAGGGCACUCGCUUGACUUAAAGCCCCUCUUCCGCCGGAGGAAGGCGAUGGAAACUAAUCAACCCAGCAAAACCUCCUAAGGGUAAAUGUGUCCACGUUCAAAGGCGCCAGAUUGAAGCCAUUGCUGCCUGCUGCAAAGUCCACAGGGCAGGGCAUGCCACACAUAUGUAACCAAACCCCGCCGUCGAUGGCAGGGAUGCGGACUCUUCAGCCCCCGGGGCAUCGCGCGCCCCACCCAGCUGUGUAGCGCUCCUCAAUCCAUCCUGCCCAGAAUAGCCCUGACCACAUUCCUCCUUCUGCACCAACUGCCGCGUCCCGAUGCCCCUGCUAUAGCAAUAGCCGCCCGUUAGGUUCCGGGUUAUUUACACCACCACCACCCGCCCCCCGACUGCAGUUUGACCCUCAAACAAGUAAAAAAACCAAAAUUUUCUUUUUAAAGAACACAGUUCCUUUUCGAAGGAAUUUGUCUGGCGGGCUCUAUUCUCGCACCCUCCCCGGCCCCCGCACUUCAUCCGAGCCCGGCAAUCCCACAGCUGUCUCAUUCCCCUGCAUUCAUGCAGGUUCUGAUUACUAGGCGUUCUCUUGAUGUUCAACUCCUGUGGUGACCCAACACCCCAGAGGCGGAGCAAACAAGCGGCGACGUCAGGGCAAAAAAAAAAAAUCCUCCUAGCCAUGCAAGCUCUCCCUCUGCUCAGCUGCUCCCAGCCCACAUCCAUGGCUUGUGUGACAGCAUCGGAACACAGAAGCCACGCUGAAAUGCAGUCAGCAGUACAGCUGGGAGACAGGCACAGAGGCGAUGGUCCAGUGACGAAAAUGAGCUUCCCGUGAGCUUGCUGGUCCACUGCGGUGCCUGCGAGGGGCCCGGCGCUUCCCUUUGCAGCAGUGCCGGGCUCGGUGCAAAAAUACCCUGCGGUGCGACUCAGUUUCUCUCGGUGACUGCGGCGUUCCUCUCCGCCCCCCCCCCCCCCCCUUUUUUCUUCCCUCUUCGCGUGUCCUCUUCUCUAGGAUGGCGGAGGCAGAAUUGCACAAGGAAAGGCUGCAAGCCAUAGCCGAGAAAAGAAAAAGACAGACCGAAAUAGAAGGCAAGAGGCAGCAGCUUGAGGAACAGAUCCUUCAGCUGCAGCAUUCCAAGUCCAAAGCCCUCCGAGAAAAAUGGCUUCUACAAGGAAUGCCAGCAGGGACUGCCGAAGAGGAAGAAGCCAGAAAACGUCAGUCUGAAGAAGAUGAGUUCAAAGUUAAAAAACUGGAAGAUAAUAUUCACAGGCUGGAGCAGGAAAUACAGACGCUAGAAAGUGAAGAGUCCCAGAUAUCUGCCAAAGAGCAAAUCAUCCUAGAGAAACUAAAGGAAACAGAAAAAUCUUUCAAGGACUUUCAAAAGAGCUUUUCCAAUACGGAUGGAGAUGCAGUAAAUUACAUUUACACCCAGCCCCCUGACUUGCCAAUCCUCUAUUCACCAACACCAGGAUCAUCUCCUGAGCAAGACGGGACGAGCAGGGUAGCUGCUGUGUACGCCAUGGAAAUUAAUGUGGAGAAAGACAAACAAACAGGAGGGACGGAGAUUCUCUCUCCCGCCACCAUUGGCCCGGAGGGGGUCCAUCAGAGAGGAGCCAAAGUCUAUGACGAUGGUACCAAAGUAGUCUAUGAGGUGCAUUCGGGAGGCACCGUGGUAGAGAACGGAGUGCAUACGUUCAGCUCCAAGGACGUAGAGGAGCUCCUUCAGAAAGCUGGACAAUCAAACACAAAAGGGAAGCAGGAGGCCAGGGCGGCUUGGGAGAGGACUGUGAUCGCGGACGGGAGGCUCAGCCACACCAAGGAACAGAUGCUUUGCAAGGAGGCGAAGCUAGAAAUGGUCCACAAAUCUUGGAAAGACCAUUCCGCCGAGAGCCCAGAACAGCAAGCCAAAGUCCCCCGAGCCGAAGUCCCUGCCGACGCCAGCCUGGACCAGCCGGUCACUAUGAUUUUCAUGGGCUACCAAAACAUCGAGGGCGAAGAGGAGGCUAAAAAGGUGCUGGGCUACGACGAAACCAUCAAAGCGGAGUUGGUCCUCAUCGACGAAGAUGACGAGAAGUCGCUGCGAGAGAAGACCGUGACGGACGUGUCCACCAUUGACGGAAAUGCCGCCGAGCUCGUCUCUGGGAAGCCCAUCUCGGACACCACGGAGCCCUCGUCCCCGGAAGUGAAGGAAGAGAGCCUGGCCACAGACCCGGUUCCAGGAUCUCAGUGGGACAGUGAUCAGAAAACCUUGGCUCCAUUAGAAACGUUUGACGUAGGAAUGACUGUCCAGAAACCUCACAAGCUUCUCGAGGAUGAAAUCCCAUUGACGAAAGGUGGCGAUCCCUCUAGUGCCAAUCUGCUGGAAGCUCCCACCAGCAUUCUUCCCCCCCCCUGCAACAAGAACAUGGAAAUUGAAAUCCCCAAUGUAGAAUGUCAAAGUGUCUCUGGGGUUUCUUCAGCAUCCCAUUCCUUGGACAGUUCCUCUCCUUUUUAUUCGCCCCAGAAUGGGCUCAUCUCAGACCACCGCCAUGAAUCCCUGGAUAAUGAGGUGGCUCGAGAGAUCCAGUAUUUAGAUGAAGUACUAGAAGCCAACUGCUGUGACUCCGCUGCCGAUGUGACUUACAACGGCACGUCUUCACCGGAGCCAGGCGUCACCAUCACCGUGGGCGGCUCGGGUCCCUCCGUCCACACAACGAACCACCUAGAAGGCACCACCGAGAGGGAAGCGGUUCUCCUCGUUGGCAGACAGGCCCCUCCUCUCCUGGGCCUGAGCCACGGGCCCAACAUGGCGGAGGCCUUCAGGGCAAACGGUCACUCUCCAGAUGGCCAGAGGGAGGUGCUCGGGGACUGCCUUCCAGCUCCGGAGAGCCCCAGCUCUUCGACCAGUUCAAAGGGUUCUUUCCGGGAUGGAGAGACGACCCCCCUCACCACUCUGAAGAAAGAAGCUAAAUUUGAACUACGUGCCUUCCACGAGGAUAAGAAGCCAUCCAAGCUUUUCGAGGAUGAUGGCGGCGACAAGGAGACGUACAGGGUCCGGAAAGUGAGGCCAUCCGAGGAGAUGCUGGAGCUGGAAAAGGAGAGGCGAGAACUCAUCCGGAGUCAGGCAGUGAAAAAAAAUCCCGCCAUCGCCACCAAAUGGUGGAACCCCCCCCAGGAGAAGACCCUGGAGGAGCAACUGGAUGACGAGUCUCUGGAGUCGCAUAAGAAGUACAAGGAACGCAAGGAGAAGAGGCAGCAGCAAGAGCAGCAGCUGCUGCAGCAGCAGCCCUCCCCCCAGCAGAGGGAAUGUCCUUCGCCCCUCGCGGAGCCCUCCGGCACUCUGAAGGAGGAUGUGGUCACGGAGCAGAUCGACUUCUCUGCCGCCAGGAAGCAGUUUCAGCUGAUGGAGAGUUCGAGGCCGGCGGGCGGCAGGGCCCAGGGCGCCCCCCGCCUCUUCUCCGUCAAGCCCUUCUACAGGCCGCUGGGUCCCAGCUUCUCGGAGAGGCCCUCCUCCGCCUCCAGGCCCGGUUCAGGCGCGGGGCGGAUGGAGGAGGACGGCGUGGCUGCCCCGAAGGGGCCCGAGAACCCGCCUCCGGGAGGCCAGGACGGGCCCGGGAGCCCAGAAAAGGAGUCUCCCUCCCAAGCCAAGCUGUGGGCGGAGGAGGCCGAGUUCACCAGCGCGCGGGCGGUCUUCACGGUGGUGAAGGACGAGGAGCCGAGCCUCCUCGACCCCUUCACGAGGUCCGUGUACGUGUCGCCCCCGGAGGAGCUGGACUCUGGCUUGGAGGAGCUGUCGGUGAGGUCGCAGGGCACCACCGUGCUGGAGACCCUGUCCAACGACUUCAGCAUGGACAACCUCAGCGACAGCGGCGCCUCCAACGAGACCAUGAACGCCCUCCAGGAGAACUCCUUGACGGACUUCUCUCUGCCCCAGACCCCCCAGACGGAGCUGCCCUCGGAGGGACGGGCCGAAGGAGCGCCCAAGGCCUUCAGCGACCACGGCUUCUACUCCCCGUCCUCUCUGCUCGGCGAUUCCCUGCUGGCCGACGACCCCCUGGACUAUCACGCCGGCCUGCUGGUGCAGAGCGCCAUCCAGCAAGCCAUCGCCGAGCAGGCCGACAGAGCCCUCUCCGGAGCCCACGAGGAGGGUGCGGCGGCCCCCGGCCCCCCUAAGCCUCAGGGCUCCUUUAAGCCGCCUCAAGUGUCUUCUCCUGUCCAAGAGAAAAGAGACGUGCUACCAAAGAUAAGGACGGAGGAAGGCCCAGAGCUCAGGGAAGGGACGGUGCCUCCCGGGCCCGCGGAGGAGAGCAGGCCAGAAGGGAGCUAUUUCAGCAAGUAUUCCGAGGCGGCGGAGCUCCGGAGCACAGCCUCCCUGCUGGCCACUCAGGAAUCCGAGGUGACCGUGGGGCCCUUUAAGCUGAGGUCCAGGAAGCAGAGGACUUUGUCCAUGAUAGAAGAAGAGAUCCGGGCGGCCCAGGAGAGAGAAGAGGAGUUGAAACGGCAGAGGCAGGUCUUGCAGGCGGCCCAGAGCCCCCGGGUGAGGAACGCCCCUCCGCCGCCCUCCCGGACAGUGUGCUACAAGACGGCCCCCGGGAAAAUAGAGAAAGUCAAACCUCCUCCAUCCCCCACAACCGAAGGCCCCAGCUCGCAGUCUGAUUUACUUCCCGAAGAGGCUGCCGGAUCCCAGCGGCCCAAGAAUCUGAUGCAGACCCUCAUGGAAGAUUACGAAACACACAAAUCUAAAAGGCGCGAGAAAAUGGAUGAGAGCAGUUAUACCUGUAAAUUACUGUCUAACAGCAAGGUUACUUCCGAGGUCCUUGAGGCCACCCGGGUGAAUCGGCGAAAGAGUGCUCUCGCCUUGCGCUGGGAAGCCGGAAUCUACGCCAACCGGGAGGAGGAGGACGAUGAAUAGGCAUCCCUCCGCCACGUCUGUCUGAUGCAUGGGCCGAGAAGCCGCACCCCCAAAGGAGAAAAGAAAACCACCUUUUCAUGAAGUAUUUAUUACGGAGUAAACAAGCUCAGUGAUGUAGACCAGAAACACUGCAAUCGAUCGCUUUGGAGGAAACAAACACAAAAGGAAACUCACGCCCCGAACUCUCAGAUCAUUUACCCCACGGGGGAAAGAGAGCAAGGGAGGAAUCCUGUGACGAGGGGCCUAUCCAAAGGAGCCCCUCAAUCAGAGCAGCAGCAGCCGUGGGGCCUCCAGCAAGUAACCAUUGAAGGGCAACGCAAUUGCAAAUGGCGGAAAGCACACAGAUCAAUGUGCUGCCUUGGAGCGGGACUCCCUGCCUCGCUUUGUGCUAAGGAAGAACAGGCAGUCCGUGAUGGGCGCUAUCAAAAGGCACAUCUUGUGCGGGAGCAGUUGAGCAGGGCACACGGUAUUCCUUUGAAUCCUCCUACAGCCUCGUUGCCCCCAUUCCCCAUGCUGUGCUAGGAACAUCGUGAUCACCCAUCAGGACAUCAGCAGCCAUAAAUAGAAUGGUAUUUUUUUCCCCAAAGAGAGGAAAAGGGACUCUCUCUUCAUUUAACUUUUUAAACAUCGGGAACUCUCACUGCAAAAAUAUACAGUCUGCAUUUUACAAUCAGUCUACUUAAUAAAGUAUUUCUUCCUAUUAUAAACCCAAUCUCUUUGAGAUGAGGAGGUUGAAGAAUGGCAGGGAGGGGAGCAACACAAAUGAAUUAUUUUAGCUUUAGGAUCCUUCUGCUUGUAAUAUUGACUGGUCUCCAGUUCCUGAGGACAUAUUUACAUAAUUAUGUUUCUUAAUAUAAAAAUCUGUAUUUAGUGGGCAACAAGUAUUUUUAUGAUGGGAAGGGGGCCGUGCUCAUGUACAGUCUUUACACAUUGAGCAAAAUGAUUCAGAAGGUCUAGGGGUGGGAGAAUAAAUAUAGUUUUUAGAGUGGCAAUAAUUGAAAACAAAAGGGGGGCACAUUUUGACGUAGAUGUGUUAAACAAGAAGAAAAGAGUUGUCUUUUUAACUAUAUUUUGUAACGAUAAAACAGGCCUUGGAGAGAGUGUGGAAAUGGAAAUCUUUGGAUUUCCAGAAUGUGGAGAUUUUGAGAGGUCUUGGAAGUAGAGAGAAGAAGGAGAAAGGAAAGGGAAAGAGGUUAUUUUUGCUGUUCAGCCAGUGUUUUUCAGAAUGCUAUAUGGAGAUGCAUAAAAUGGGAUUUUGAAGGAUUGGAGUCAACUACAAAUGCUAAAAGGGUGUGUGUGUGUGUGGGUGUGUGUGUGUGUGUGUGUGUGUGUGUGUGUGUGUGUGUGUGUGCGUGUAAAAACAUAAUGUGUGCAGGUGUGUGUGUGUGUUGAAAUUCCAGAAUGACCUUGGGUUAGGAUUGUAAAAUUAUUUUCUCCAGGGCUGUUUGCCAGCUACCGGAGUGAUUGAGAAUUUCUUUUUUAUGAAAAGGGAUAUAAAGGCACUGAGUUGAGGCAGUAUUUGUAAUAUUAAAUUGACCCAACAUGGAAUUUGCAUGAGUCCCAAUUGCAAUGUUUUGAGGCAGUUUUGUAAAUCAACAUUUAGGAGGAAGAUUGUGGUAUUUAUUCUUGUGCAUUAUAUUCAUAGGUAGAUUAGAGGAUGCUGGUUUUACUCUCAUUUAAAGCAAUAUAAUGAUGAUAUUCUACAAUUGGGUGCCAUAAUAUCUGGAAGAGAUUUUUUUUUUUAUUCUGACAAUGAGGAAACAAUAGCCUGCUUCCUUUUCUUCAUGACUAGUAUUUUUAUUUUUUUAAGGUAAUAAUUAAAUUUAGUCUCACUAAAAUUCACUCCUACCUUGUUCCCCCCGGCAUGUCACAUGAUAUGAUGUGUACUGCUCAAACAGGGAGCAAUUUCACUUAACUGUACGGUAAAUUCCACAGCGUCUCUUUUUUUGUUUUGUUUUUAGUAGAUAACAUGAGUGUUGACUUUGGGGAGGGGGGCACUGUAUAAGCAAAAAUGGUAUUAGCAAAGGGGAUAGAAAUAGUGGACUGCCAAAGAGCUGUCUGUCUGAAGCCAAUUUUUAGAAACGUGAACCAAAAAUUGCACCUGCUGUUAACCUGAUGUAUCUGAACCUGUGGAUUUUGUUUUACUUUCUCUAAAUAAUAAAAUGAAAUUUCUUUGA